AUGGCUCAUCUGGGCACAGGUGCACUGGUGUGGGUCGUGGGUGUAUGGACAGGCAGCCUCGCACAGAUGACGUAUGCAUCGCUGGUUCUCUACGAUGCGUGGGCGUUGCUGCUGGACAAUAUGCCGGCGCUGCUCGAGUUCUCCGACAACCAGCACGGCUCCAGUGAGUAUGCGUUUGGACUGGCCGAGCUGCCGACGGUUCUGCGGUUUGGUAACAGCCUAGUGCUGCUGUACCGCGCACUGCAGGCGGUCAAGGAGGGCAUUGAGCACAUAGCCGUGCGCGGCCAUGGCCAUGGUCUGGGUGCCGGUGAGUUUGAGACAUACGCCCACACAUCUACCGGCCACAACGCACACGCAUUUGUGAGUGUGCUAGCAGUGUGCGCGGCUCUUGCGGCCACAGUUUGUGCAGCACGGCUUGGCAACCACCACGCAGCGUGGGAGAUGCGCUCGCAUCGGCAGCAGCCGGCGACCCAUCCCAUGCAGCAUGUGGUUCUGAACCCCUGCAAUGCAGCGUCGCUGGGCGCAGGCGUAUGGGUGUUGCUGUUGGCACUGCUGGCGCCGGCGCACGAGGACUCGCUGAUGGAGCCCAUUGCGUGUCUGGUGGUGGCGGCUGCAAUGGCGUAUGCUGCGCUGCCAACGUGCAUAGGUCUGGCGCGGCAGCUGCUGCUGGCCACGAAGCCGGAGCCGGCGGCGGCAGCACGGCAGGCGGCAUGGCAGGUGGCUCGGCUGCCGGGCGUGAGCGCGUGCGAGCGCUGCCUUGUGUGGAGCGCUGCGGGCGAGCGCUUCGUGGGUGUGCUGCGGGUUGUGCUGCUGCCGGCCUGCGAUUCCGCGGCCGUGAAGCGCCAGGUCGAUGUGAUUUUGUCGGCCAGCCGGCUCGGCGACUGGACGGUGGAGAUGCGGAGAGCGCUCUGA